AUGUCUGGACGCGGCAAACAAGGAGGCAAAGUGCGGGCUAAGGCCAAGACCCGCUCAUCCCGGGCAGGGCUCCAGUUCCCGGUCGGCCGUGUGCACAGGCUCCUCCGCAAGGGCAACUACGCCGAGAGAGUGGGCGCCGGCGCUCCUGUCUACUUGGCCGCUGUGCUCGAGUAUCUCACCGCCGAGAUCCUGGAGCUGGCCGGCAAUGCCGCCCGCGACAACAAGAAGACCCGCAUCAUCCCCCGUCACCUGCAGCUGGCCGUGCGCAACGACGAGGAGCUCAACAAGCUGCUGGGCGGAGUCACCAUCGCCCAGGGCGGCGUCCUGCCCAACAUCCAGGCCGUGCUGCUGCCCAAGAAGACCGAGAGCAGCAAGCCGGCCAAGAGCAAGUGAGCCCGGCUCUGCCCCGCCCCGAACCAAAGGCUCUUCUAAGAGCCGCCCACAUGGUCUGUACGACUGAGCUGGCGAUGCCGCUGAUCUCCGCUGUGGAGGCGUCACACAGGGGCACUUACCGCUUCUGACAAGCGGCGAGUACAUUGC